GGUAAUUGAAAUUCCGUCCUAUUGUCGUUUGAAUUUUGCUUGCUAUGAGCAAACCAAUCAGAUUCAUGUCUCUUGGUAUGGAUGAAGUUUGGCGCGAAAUCAUUUUAACUAUGGAUAUUAUACUUAAGCAUACAACAUGCAACUUUUAGAAGAAUAUCAAGAAUUAAUUGAGCGUGAUAUGGAUGAAAUUUCCGCGCUGUGGAAAUAUAUACAAAUGUUUCUUUAUCUUUUAUGUACGAUCAGCGGAUAUAUUUGUAGUGUUUUAUUCUAUAUAUUAUGGCAAGGCGGUUUUGGAGGCGAUUGUUUGCUCUGGGCAAAAUUUAUUAUACUGGCAAAAGCAGAUCUAAAUGAUAUCCCUGAGCUGUAUGAAAUUAGGUCAAAUUAUACAGACUGGUGGAAAUAUGUUGUUAUGGACUCCGAAUUUGUACAUAAAUGUAACAUAUAUUUAAUAACAUGUUUUUUAUCUUGCAUACUUGGAAUUACAUGGUUUACCUUUUUCUUUAUGUGUGGGAAAGGUGGAUAUAAUGUGGCAAUGCAAGUACCUGUAACUUACAUUAUUAAUCAAAAAUUAAUAAAAACUUAUGUAAUCAAUAUUAUAUUGAUGUGUAGAUAUGAAAGCCCAUGGAGAAUUGUCUUUCCUGCAGUAUUAGUUAACUUUUUGUUUACAAUAAUGUCUAUGUAUGCAAACUACAAUUUUCAACAAGGGCUUAAGGAAUUUAAUAAAAAUAUAAAAAAUGUUUUCUCUGAAAUAUAUCAAUCUACCAUUGAAUUAAAGGAUGUAAGUGAAUGUGACAUCAUACAAUCAUAUGUAGAAAUGUCUAAUUUUCAUCAUUAUGAUAUGUGCAAAACAUUAUUAUGGCUGCAGUUGUUUUCAAUCAUAAUGACGUGGAGUUGGAUUGGAGGACUAAUAAUACUGAUAAUGAGAAUACUAAUAAUCGUUGAUUUUAGGAUUUUAAAAGUUACAAUUUAUAAGCUACCACUCAAUAUUUUAGACACUGUUAAUCAAGACAAAACAACAAAAGAUAAUGACGAAAAAGACAGAAAGAAAAAGUAGUUUUAGUACAAAUUGUAUUUAUCAGUAUAAGUAUGAUCAAUGUACAUAUCAGUAUAUAAAAAUUUUAAAACAUAAUCUAUAUAUAUUUGCAAUUAGUCAUAUGUUUGUAACAUUAUGAUUAACGUAUU